CCACUCAUAUUAUUCCAUAAAUCCAGACAUAUUAUACAAGGGAGACAGGAUACAUGUUCUUUUAAGUGGAAGAAUGAACAACUCCCCUCCCACAAAAUCUUAACAAUCUCAGAACAACUCUUCAACAACACCUCUCUCGAAGCUGCGGCCACCCCAGUUUCUGGGUCGACAGAUGCAACCUCGCUCGCCGCUCUCACACCCAACCCACCACUUGUCCUUACUACCAUCAGGAUAUCGUUCGCAAGAACGAUUUGUGUGGGGGAUGCAAGGAGAAUGAGAAGACGAAGAGAUAGGAGAUUAGGAGGCUAG